AACUCUUUACAGAAGAAUAUUUAACGCUACACAGUUACUGCCUGUUACAGGUGAUUUGGUUAAAUUAAGUAGACAUAUAGACAGUAACAUUGCAAAAACUAAGUUGGACGUUGAGGAUGAUAAUCGUGACAACCAGAAGUGGACAAGAUUGGCAACUUUGUGUCUAGCCAGAAUAAUAUUAUUUAAUAAAAGGCGUUCUGGGGAAGCCUCCAAAAUGAGUGAUUACUUAGGCCAUUUUGGGAGGAACAGAAUACUGCAGAAAUACGAGAAUCUCUCAGUCCCGUCGAAAAGAAAUUAGCUGAAAGUAUGGUUAUAGUAGAAGUUGAAGGAAAACGCGGAAGAAAAGUUCCUAUUAUACUUCCAACACCCAUUAAAGAGUCUAUUGAUAUUUUGAUAAGACAUAGAGAUGAAUGUAAGAUUUCAUUUCAUAAUAAAUAUGUAUUCGCAAGAUCGAAUGAGUCUAAACGAUUUUUGAGAGGUCAUGACUGUCUAAAAAAAAUUUGUGAAGAAAAAUACAUUUAGAAAAUCCAGAUGCCAUAACUGGCACAAAAUUAAGGAAAUAUGUAGCCACAGUUUGUCAGUUAUUUGAUAUGUCAGAAAAUGAAUAUGACUGGCUUGCGAGGCAUUUAGGUCAUGAUAUAACUGUACACAAGGAAUUCUAUCGAAUGCAUGAAAGUGCUAUAGAGUUAACAGAAAUAAGUAGAAUUUUGUUGGCUGUUGACCAGGGUGAGGCUCAGAAGUACGUUGGAAAGCAUAUUAACGAAAUUAAUAUUGAAGAUUUACCCGCCUUAGACGAUGAUACAAACAUGGAAAACGAAAAUGUAGAAGAAGAAAAAGAAAGUGACUGUGAUGAAGUUGAAGAGCUUCCAAAUGAAGGUGAACGUAAUGUGGAUUCACUUAAAAAAAAGAAAAAUAAGAAGCCGCCAAAAGAAACCAAAAGCAUUCACGUAUCAUGGACAUGUGAAGAAAAGAAGGCCGUGCUGAAAUUUUUUCAAGUAAAUAUAAAGAAGGGAAUUGUGCAUGGGAAAGUUGAUUGUGAAAGAUGUAUCAAAGAAUAUGAAGAAUUGUCCAACAGAGACUGGAAAAAAAUAAAGUUCUGUGUCAAAAAUGAAAUACAAAAAAUACGAAAAACUAGAAAAUAA